CUAUGAUAUUAUAUGUGAGUAUUGAUGAUAAUGCUCCAUCAUUUAAGGAAUGGAAUGAUUCGAAUGAUAAAUUAUUAGUAAUUAACGUAAUUAUCAAUGAUGAUGGGGAUAGUAAUGAAGAUCAACUGAAUGACGAUGUUCCAAGUGAAGAUCCACCUUCCUUAUCUGAAUUUUUAGAGCUAGUUCGUCGUCUGCGCUUUUUCUCGACAAUGCAACAACCAGAAUUACAUUUGUUCAUUAUUGAAUUAUAG